AUGAAUGUUUUGGUGCUCACGGCGCUUAUCGUCGCCGUUUCCUCUAGUCGACAGACUAUUGAUAAUACACCCCAAGAAGCAACGCAAUGGCCCUGGCAAGUUGGUAAACUGUACCGCUACGACGUGGAAACUCACACUUUAGCUCGUCUUCACGAAGGCGAAAGUACUGGUAACGCUUUUAAAGCUCGCUUUAUUGUCCGCGUCAAGGCACCCGGUCUAUUACAAGCCAGGUUGGAAAGCCCACAACACGCCCAAGUUCAUCAAUAUCUAGGACCUAGUGGACAGGUACCAGCUGACCUUAAAUACCAACCAGCGCUGUACCUCGAUAAACCUUUCGAGAUUACUCUGGAAGGUGGUCGCGUACUAUCCCUCAGCUUUCCGGUGACUGUGCCCCUGGCGCAGGAGAACUUGCUCAAAGGCCUCAUCGGUGCUCUCCAAGUGGAUCUCUCACCAUACAGAAAUGUCCACAGUCCUCACGACACUUAUGAUAGUCAGAUCCAGCAAGGCCUCUUUAGGAAAAUGGAAACCGAUGUCACAGGUGACUGUGAGACUUUGUACACCGUUUCUCCAAUAGCAUCGGAAUGGCGCCGAGAGCUUCCACAGUUCGCUUCUGAUGAAGAACCAUUUGAAGUAACCAAGAGCAAGGACUACGACCACUGCCAUCAUCGUGUGGAUUAUCAUUUUGGAGUGCCCGAGGGUGCUGAAUGGUCAGGUGCUGCCUAUAAAACUCGUAAAGACCAAUUUAUCAAGCGCGCCACUGUUUCCCGUAUUCUCGUUGGCAAGCAAGGUCCUAUUUACAAAUCAGAGACAACUAGUACUGUUCACGUGCAUCCUCACGUAUAUGGCCAACAGAAAGCUGAAGUGCACAGUUAUGUGAACCUAACUUUAGUAUCACAUGAACAAGACAGUGAACCCGAAUGGGAGAAACCGGAAGGCAGCCGACCAAUCCAAAACCUUUUAUACUCCUUAACAUCUAAACAGGUAACAAUUGACAGCUCAUCUUCAUCUUCAUCAUCCGAAUCACAAGAAAGAUAUAACCCUCAAGGCCAAGAUGAGAAGUCGUUCAAAUCUAGAUAUCGCCGAUCCUCACCGAACUCUAAAACGAUUGUGUCAGUCAACAAAGUCGUCAUAAAAAAACGUAACAGUGACAAAUCCAGUUCAUCCAGUUCUUCUAGUUCUGGCGACUCUUCAGCUUACGUCAAUGAUGAUGUUCCAAGAUUUAACGAACCAGCCUAUGCAGCUCUUUACAUGAACCCUGAAUCUCAUGGUGACAAGAAACAAAACCCUAUGAACGCUCAGAAACUCGUCCAGGAAAUGGCUCAGCAGCUUCAAAACCCUAACAACAUGCCUAAAGCUGACUUUCUUUCAAAGUUCAACAUCUUAGUACGCAUUAUUGCGUCAAUGAGUUCGGGACAGCUGAGUCAAACGAGCCGCAGCAUUGAGAUCGCAAAGUCCUCGAACGACAUUGUUAAAUCCGAUAUGUGGAUGAUCUAUCGCGAUGCGGUCGCUCAAGCCGGUACCUUGCCAACAUUCCAACAAAUUAGGACUUGGAUUCAAUCAAAGAAACUCCAAGGUGAAGAAGCCGCAGAAGUGGUGGCAACAUUACCCACUACUCUUCGCUACCCAACGAAGGAGCUUAUGACUCAGUUCUUCGAGCUUGCCAUGAGCGAUGAAGUCCGUCAACAGAGAUUCCUUAAUACCAGUGCUUUGAUCGCUGCUACUAGGUUUAUCAACAUGGCCCAAGUUAACAAUGUUACUGCACACUCGUAUUAUCCCACUCACAUGUACGGUCGUCUGUCAAGUCAACACGACGCGUUUGUUCUCGAGGAAAUCCUUCCACGUCUUCAACAAGAACUGUCACAAGCUGUACAAGAGAACGAUCCUCACAAACAACAAGUCUACAUUAAAACCAUUGGUAAUUUAGGACACCGAGCCAUUCUAGAUGUUUUUGCUCCAUACCUCGAAGGUCAGAUUAUAGUAUCGACAUACAUGCGCACCCAAAUGGUUGACAGUUUACAAGUCCUGGCCCAUCAAAAGGACAGUUACGUCCGUGCUGUACUAUACAGUAUUCUUAGAAACACCGCCGAACCAUACGAAGUGAGAGUAGCUGCUAUUAAGAACAUCUUUAUGACACGUCCUAAUAGUGCCAUGAUGCAAGCCAUGGCUGAAAUGACCCAUGACGACCCCAGCAUCCAAGUUCGUGCUGCACUGAAAUCUGGUAUUGAAUCUGCUGCUAAAUUGAAGAGUCCUCGAUACUUCGAACUGGCAAGAACCGCUCAAUGGGCCAAGGAUAUGCUGACCAAGGAAAACUUUGGCACACAUCAGUCCGUCAAGGAGUUCAUUGAAUACUUUGACGACGAAAACGAAAAAACUUUCGUAAGCUUUAUGUCCCAAAUUGGCAGCGAAGACAGUCUUUACCCUAAAUACUGGAAAUACUCGUUGAAGAACAAAGCUGAUGGAUGGAACAGAGCUACAUCAUUCUCAACAUCGUUCUCAAGUUUCAAGCAAUUCGUCGAUUUCUUGAUAGAGCAAAUGUAUGGCAAUAACAUCAAGAGUUACAGUGCUGAUCCAAAUCACAAAUAUUCGGCUGAAAAGAUCGCCCAAAUGCUAAAUAUUAAGCGUGAUUACGGAGAACCAUUAAGAGCAGCCUUCCAAGUAAACUUUAUGAACCUGGAGAGAUUCUUUGCUUUUGGAGAAGACGAAUUAAAACAAUUAGUUCAAAUAAUUAGGGAGUACUCUCAGGAACUUGAGAAAGGAAUGGACAAACAUUACACAAAGGUUUUGAACCAGGCUCAAAUUUCUAUUAUGUUCCCAGUUGCCACGGGUAUGCCGUUCAUAUACAAAUAUAAAGAGCCUACUGUUGUCCACAUCCAGAGCACGGCAAAGGCACAAUUCAAUAGGCAACCGCAAAAGGAUUACUCCGGUUCAAUAGAUAAGACUCUUAAAUUCACAUACGCGAGGAACAUUGACGGUAGUGUAGGCUUUUUGGACACCCUUGCAAACCAACAUGCUAGUGCAGGAGUUAUAAAUAAGAUUCAGGUUUACAUACCAAUCAAACUGCAAAUGCAGAUGAAGUCCGGAGAAAUAAAAGUAAAUGUAUCCCCACUGGAACCUGAACUAGACCAAAACAUAGUUCACUACAGUGUUUGGCCUUACACUGCUUACCAAAAGAAAGAUACUCUUACGCCAAUAUCGCAAGAUCCCACAACAAAAUUAGUAGCACGCGGUGACAAAGUCAUGUCCCUUGACUCCAGAUACGGUCAACAACUUGGUGUUCUUUUCCACCUCCAAGGAUAUACGUACUCCAACGAUUUCAGAAGCAUUGGAUACAAAUUCAAUUGGAAUAAUCCUCUAUCUAGUUUUAUAUCUGCUUUCUACCAGCAAGAUGUUGCCCAGACUCAUUUCAACGUUAAGCACCUUGGAAAACAAUCAAAGAACAAAGCAAUUACAUUCACUACAGUAUACGAUACUUAUUACAAUCAGAAGCAAGAUGGCGAGUUCAACCCCGUUGCAUCUGAAAUCAAUGACGUUACACCUAACAGUGAAGAACGUCGUAAAGAGCUUGUUAAGCGAGCAGUAACUGGUAUCAAAACUGCAAAGGCUAAUGUCGUUGACCUUAGUGUAGUAUUCGAUGGACCUCAGAAAGUAGAAUAUGUGGCAACUGCCGCUGUGGGUGAAAGUCCAGUUGAUAACAAAAAGCAGUACGUCUUUUUCGCAGCCAAGAACUGGCCUCAGCAAGGUAGCAGUCAGAUAAACGCAGUCGGCAAACAGAACAUGCCUGAAAUUUCAUCCCUCAACUUCCAAGAUUCUCUAAGGGAGGACUUCAAAAUUCCUUUCGAUUUUGACAUUCGUUACGGACCAAGUGGAAACAUUCAUAUCAAUGGUCAGGCUGAACGUACCAGACAUUAUGCUGAUGCUCUGAAAACUCAUCCUCUUGCUCAGCAGUGCGACAAGGAAAUCGCUGAAGGCAACCAAUAUCAGCAGGCCUGUCAUGAGAUGAUUGUGAUGUCUCAAGCUCCCGACAGUUUCAAGCUCUCAGUUACGUACAAAGAUGUAAGCCCGUUGGUAAGGUACUUCGUCUACCAGGCGUACAAAACUGUAGAGGACUUUGGCUUCUGGUACACUGAUGUGAAUCCAUUUAAGACAACGCCCGAUGGAAAACUUGAAAUUUACGCAGAAGCAUCUUACUUAAACAGCUCCUUGUAUUUGGGGUUGAACUCUAAAUACGGUGAAGUACAUAUGAAGAGCUUACCUAUGCCUGAAGUGGCCGUUUUCUUUAUGUCUUCUUACAGACCGUUCAAGACUUAUGAACUUGUCUACAACUAUUUCACACGUCAACAAUACCAGCCAUAUUGCUCCGUUGAUGGCACGUACGUAAGAACCUUCAGCGACCGAAGCUACAAAUACUCCUUGACCAACUCCUGGCAUGUAGUGAUGCAGGAACAAGCGAAGUACCCUGGUGCAUCAAGGGAACAGUACGUCAUCUUAGCCAAGAAACCCAGCGAGCAACAACAGGAAAUGUACAUUUCAUACCAAGCUGAAAACGGCAAACAUGCAGAAGUCGAGAUCAAGCCUGUACCAGCAGGAUCCCAAAAGCACCAAGUUAAAGUUACCACUAACACAAAGAAGGUUUCUGAAGGCAGUUUAAUUAUUUACUGGGACGAUGAGGAAGAGGUACCUUUCUUGCAGUACUUUACUGAUUCUGACGGAGUGUUGUGGGUGAACAUUCGCGAAGACCGUCUUCGAAUUAUGUACGAUGGGGUCCGGUCAGUCGUUCUGAACAAGGAAAGCCGUAAUAGCGCCCGAGGUCUUUGUGGCCAGAUGAGCGGUGACAGACGCAACGAUUACUUCACUCCUAAUGGAAUCGUUGACAAACCGGAACACUUUGGUGCUUCCUACGCCUUAGAUGAUGAAAGCAGUGAUCCAAAGACCAAACAGCUAAAAGAGCAAGCCAAAGAGAAAGCUUAUGAACCCGAAAACCACUACACUACCAUACUCCGCUCUGACCAGGAAUGGAAAAACGCGAUGCAAUCGAAAUCAUCUUACGAAGAAAAUUGGGGAUCUCAGGUUGUUUACAGAUCAAGAAGCUACCAGAAAUUUAGUGGCCCUUGCAAGCUUCAGCAACAGGUCCAGUAUUACGAAAAUCAUGGGGAAAUCUGUAUCACCAUCCACCCCUUGAACGCUUGCCAAUCUUCCUGCAGCGGUGAUGGUUAUAAGGUUCAAGCCACCCAAGUUGUGUGCAGACCAAAGUUAGACCAACAGUUCCGCGCCUACAGGGACCAAAUUCGUCAGGGACAGAAUCCACAAGUUACUGGAGUCCCUCAGAACAAGCAGUACCGAGUGCCAAGUUCUUGCAAAGCUUAA